AUGGCCUCCACGUCCGUGAAAGUCGCUCUCAGAGUCCGCCCGCUGAGCGCAAAGGAAGUACUGGCAAGCGCACAGCAAUGCGUCUCCUUCUACGGGCCAGGUGUCCCUCAGGUGUCCAUCGCGCCCGGCAACAGCGUCAGCGUCGCAGAGUCCUUGGGCCUCACAACCGCUUCCUCGAGCUCAGCACAGGCGAAAUCCUUCACAUUCGACCAUGUGUUUGAUACCGAGAGCAGGCAGGAGCAGGUGUAUGGGGAAUGUGUUCAGCCGCUGGUCGAGCGAUUUUUGGAAGGAUUCAAUGCCACGGUCCUCGCGUAUGGUCAGACGGGAUCUGGAAAAACAUACUCCAUGGGAACCGGGAUGGAGACAGCCGGUGAGAACUUCGACCAAGGCAUAGUUCCAAGAGCGAUUUAUUUCCUCUUCGACAAAUUAGCCGCAGAACAGGCGAGGUUGGGGGAUGGAUUUCAGUACGAGGUGCUGGUAUCAUUUCUCGAACUAUACAACGAAGAGCUCGUUGAUCUCCUCAAUCCGCGGAGCAAGGAUGGCAAUUCGGGAUUAUCCAUUCGUGAAGAUUCCAGCGGCAGGAUUGUGUGGUAUGGGGUCCGCGAGGUCCCAGUGAACUCACCUGAAGGCUUACUGGAAGCGCUCGCGAAAGGCUCUCUGUGCCGAAGUACCGGAUCGACCGACAUGAAUGCUUCGUCCUCGAGAAGUCAUGCCAUUUUCAGCGUCAUCCUGAGGCAGCAGCGAAAAAGCCUUGUUUCGAAAUUUCACUUUGUCGACUUGGCUGGGUCCGAGCGAUUGAAACGCACGAACGCGGAAGGCGAUCGAAAAAAGGAGGGAAUCUCCAUCAAUCAAGGUCUACUCGCCCUUGGAAACGUUAUCUCAGCAUUAGGCGACGACACACGAAGGUCCGCCAAUCAGCAUGUCCCAUACCGGGACUCGAAACUCACCAGGAUGCUGCAAGACAGCCUUGGUGGGAACAGCCAGACCCUUAUGCUUGCCUGCGUCAGUCCGAGUAGCAGCAAUUAUGCCGAGACCCUCAAUACCCUAAAUUAUGCGAACCGGGCUCGAAACAUCAAGAACAAAGUGGUCAUCAACCAAGAG